UCGAGCGCGCCAGUUCGUCAGUCAGUUGGCGCCGAGGAAGCGACGAGCAAGUGUCCGCGCUCCGUUUGUACGCUUCUGCAUUCCGUUUGAUUUCCCUUCGGUGCGUACGCACUGGCGCUCGAGGCGAAAGCGACGCACCCUGCCACCGAACUGCCGACUGCGAGUCCAGCCGAAGAGUUCGCGCGGAGAAUGCUGCGCCGGUGCAGGAUCAAGCGAGACACCACUGCAAUCGUCUGAUCUUGGGGGAACACGAGUCGCCGGCCCAGGCGCGACCCAGGCCCGGCGCCGUCGCACAGCCGCGCUCGCAACAGCCAUUGCCGCAGCGGAGUUGGCCAGCGGAGAUGGAUCUUGUUUACAUUCCCGAGGUGCUGACCUUUGGCUCGUUCCGCAGCCCGCAGUACCGGGACUACGAGCAGCCCUGGAACCGGAACUACUUCGACGAAGGUAAAACAGCGUCCUACCAUCACCAUCGCCAGCAGCAGCAGAAGCAGCAGCAGCUGCACGUCUCCUCGAACAAAGACUCCUGCCACCUAUGCAAGGAAAAUAAGCGACGCAGCCUCGCCGCCUACAUUCGCGGCAAGUCGCGCAACAACUCUUGCAGCGAGAUUUGCGAGGAGACCGAGGAGGAGGACGCUGCCGAGCAGCCGCAGCUGGACAAGUCCGACUCCAAGAGCGACAAGAAGUGAGGCGAGGGCGAGGGCGAGGGCGGGCGAGCGAGAGAGAGAGAGAGAGAGAGAGAGAGGAGAGAGAUGAGGCUACACGCGACCUGCACCCGAUGUGUUCUGCCAAAGGAAGAGGAGCCCAACGAGAAAUCGAUCGGAGAACGUCACGCGAGCGCAGCAAUCGCCUUCGGUGAGAACAAUGCCCUCGCUCUGCUCCGGGUAUUGACUCGAGAGAGCGAGAGCGUAAAAAGUCAAAUCCGUGUUUGGCGUCCUUUCCUGCUGCGAUACGACGGCUGCUCAGGAUGACUAAACCAGUCGGCUACUUUUUCAUUUUGCACACGUGCGCGCAAACCAAGGAAUUCAAGGAGAUCGUGCCAAAUCACCAUCACAAUUAUUCACGCUCGGCUCGAUUUGCCGCUGCUCCUUUCCUCCUUUCCGAUCCACCAAUUGUAUGUAUAGUCGCUCCGAUCCUUACAUAUAGACAACUCGGGGCACCUUCGUUUCAUUUCACCACGUAAGACUGAUUGUGCGCGAUGCUGCUUCUUUUUCUAGAAUGCUACGCAUGCACGUAAACUAGGCGUCAAGUACUUGAAUUUUUACAAUUCAGAUACAAAUUUGAGUAUGAGACUUUCUGAUCUAUUUAUUUGUAUAUAAAAAUACGAGCCUUUAAGGCCGUCGUUCGCGCUUCUUUUUUCCGUGAUUUAUUUUCGCUGGCUAUUUUCCCAUUUCGAUGGAGAUCGUUACCUAUUGAUUUGUCGAAUAGCAAGACUAAAUUUGUGCUAUUUUUUGUUAUUGCGAAUUUUGAUGCUCAGAGUUCAAGUACUUUUUGUCUCAAUCCGAACCGUCAGAGCAACAGGAAAAAAAAACCAAGAACACGUUUUUUCUUAACUUACUGUUCAAUUUAGACCGACUCGAGUAGUUCGAUUUAAGAAGAAAAUAUAUAUAUAUAUAUAAACGUAACAUUAGUACUGCCUAAAUUUAUUAAAAAAAAACUUAGGCAUUUCAUUUUUGUAAAUUUGUAGAUGGGUUUGAUCGACAAAUGAAUAUAAAUUGACGUUCAAUGAACGACGUGUGUAAAGUUAAUUUUCCUACUGUUUAAUUUGCAUGUAACAAAUCCAUCUGCAAAUGCCAAAUAGUUUUAUACGUUAUUUUUUAAGAAUUUUAAAAUAUUUUGAUUCAUUAUUUAUCACCUUUCUAUAAAUGAAAAUUUAAUACAUAAGAGCGAAAUAAGAAACGUUAUUUGAACUUGUAAUGUAUUUAUAUAAACCGGUUGUUAUUCCAUUAAAUAAAUUAACUAACAA